UAUUUCUGAACUCAAUAAUGAUCACAGAGAAUAGAGGGGGCAAAACCAAACCAAACAAAGCAAUGCAUCCGCCCUUUGAAAGGUUUGUGGUUUCACUUCUUGUUUCCCCCUCCAGGAAUUUAGGCCCCUGGAAGCCUGGCGCUUAUUUCCCUCAGGAUAGAGACAGACAGAUUAGGAAAGAGAAGGGAGAAUUGAGGAAGUUGAUCACCCUCAUCCCUCUCUUAUCUGAGGGAGGAAGAGCUGCGCCUGCCCGCGCCCUUUAUAACAAGUGUCAGUCUGCUCCAGCUGGGUCAGAUCCGCACCCUCCCUGGCACCGCAGAGCAGCAGCCUCUGACGGGUCCCGUCGGGUCAGUGAGUCCGAGUUCCUUCCCUCUCCCGCAGCAAAGUCAUGUCCUCCAGCAGCCGAGUAGCCGUGGUGACGGGGAGUAACAAGGGCAUCGGCUUCGCCAUCGUGCGCGAUCUGUGCCAGAAGUUCUCGGGAGAUGUGAUUCUCACGUCCCGGGACACGACGCGGGGCCAGGCGGCUACGAAGAAGCUGCAGGAAGAGGGACUCAACCCGAUUUUCCACCAGCUGGACAUCGAUGACCCGCAGAGCAUCCGGACCCUGCGGGAUUUUCUCAAGGAACGCUACGGGGGUGUGGACGUGCUGGUCAACAAUGCGGGAAUCGCCUUCAAGGCUACUGAUCCCACACCUUUUCCAAUGCAAGCUGAAGUGACCAUGAAAACCAACUUUUUUGGCACCAAAGCUGUAUCUGCAGAAUUAAUGCCUUUAGUGAAACCUCAAGGCAGAGUGGUGAACAUCUCUAGCAUGAUGAGCUUACGUGCUCUUGAAGGCUGCAGCCCAGAACUACAGCAGAAGUUUCGCAGUGACACCAUCACAGAGGAAGAGCUGGUGAGGCUCAUGGAAAAAUUUGUGGAGGAUACAAAGAAAGGAGUGCAUCAGAAGGAAGGGUGGCCCAACAGUGCUUAUGGAGUGACCAAGAUUGGAGUCACUGUGUUGUCUAGAAUCCAUGCCAGGCAGCUGAAUGAGCAAAGGAAAGGUGAUAAGAUUCUUCUGAAUGCCUGCUGCCCAGGAUGGGUGAGAACUGACAUGGCGGGGCCCAAGGCUACCAAGAGUCCAGAAGAAGGAGCUGAAACCCCAGUGUAUUUGGCUCUUUUGCCCCCAGAUGCUACAGAACCUCACGGCCAGUUUGUCAUGGAGAAAAGGGUUGAAAAAUGGUAAACUUAGUUUAUGAAUCCAUUCUAGUAAUACUAGAAUGAUAAGUAUCCUGGAGUUGAUCUAAAUGUGCAUUUAGAAAGAAAUAAAAAUAAAAGUAUGUUUUGUAGCUUUACUAAUUGUCACAGCUAAUUCCUAAAGAUGUUUUCCUUGAGUUAUCUACUAAUUAUAUGGAAGAUUUUUAAUGACAAUAUCUUUGUAAUGCUGUUGGGGGGAAACCAAGCAAAAUUCAGAUGGUUUAAUUGGAAUAAAAGGCUUUUAAAAACUA